CAGUGUAAGGAGUAUUUGACUUACUCUCUUUCGAUGUUGUGAAAUAACUGUCUGUUUUUAGCCUGCUUGCUGAGCUCAGAUUCUUGCAAAAGGCUCUAGACACACUUGUGGUGGUGUUUUUGUGUACUAGUGGCACUUGUGGUGUUAACAUUUGAUGAAAGCGUUUGGGUAAGAAGGUAAAGGGUGGAAUUCGAGGUGGGAGGAGAGGCGGGCAGGCGUCUUUUGUGACCUUGGGUCUUUUCAGAGACUGAAGCUGGAUUCCAGCAGGGACACAUGGUCCAGACUGACAAGGCCAUCUGCUACAGCGCCAGCAGCAGAGAGGGAGGGAGGGUAGAGGUGAAGGAAGGGAGGGGGCCAGCGGACACAGAAUUCCUCCCACUGGGGUGUGGAGGGUGUAGAUAUUCUGGGAGAUCACUGCUAGCACCUUGGAUUGGGACUUAUUCCUUCUGUGUCUUCAAAUGUCGCUAAGAUCACCUAAGGCUUCUGUGGCGGCCGUUUGAGAAGAUCCAGGACUGGUGUUCAAUCUAGGAAGCGCGGAUGACUUUCUUGUAGUUCCUUCAAAUUUCCCAAUGGUGAUGAGCAAGAGGGAUCUUAGCUCUGGGGCUCUCGUAUGCAGUGGAUCCAGUUUCUCCCUCAUCUCUCUGCACCCCAAAGCUGAAAGCGGUGGAUUAAAGAGGCUGGUGGGUGCGGAGGCCUGGUGUAGAUCGCCCUCCUUUCAACUGCUCCUCCUUUGUCUAAACAGUACAAGGAAAGGGAUUGUAUGCGUGGGCUUCUUCUGAAGGCCGAAGAGCCAGGUGGAUGAUUAUUUUUAUGAGGCACAUUGUCACAGAGAUGGGCCAGGACCAAACAAAGCAGCAGAUCGAGAAAGGGUUGAAGCUUUACCAGUCCAAUGAGACAGGGAAAGCUCUACAUGUCUGGAUGAAGGUGCUGGAGAAGACGUCUGAUCCUGGGGGGAAGUUCAGGGCUUUAGGUUGCCUGAUUACAGCACACUCAGAGAUGGGGAAAUACAAAGAGAUGCUAAAGUACGCCCUAGCUCAAAUCGACACAGCGCGAGAGAUGGAGGAUCCAGACUACCUAACGGAAGGGUACCUGAACCUGGCCCGCAGCAACGAGAAGCUCUGCGACUUCCAGAAGACCAUUUCCUACUGCAAGACCUGCUUAAACAUGCAGGGCACCACAGUGAGCCUGCAGCUCAAUGGCCAGGUGUGUCUGAGCAUGGGCAACGCCUUCCUAGGCCUCAGCGUCUUCCAGAAAGCUCUGGAGAGUUAUGAGAAGGCCCUGAGGUAUGCACACAACAAUGACGACAAGAUGCUGGAGUGCAGGGUGUGCUGCAGCUUGGGCAACUUCUACAUUCAGUUAAAGGAUUACGAAAAGGCCCUGUUCUUUCCAUGCAAAGCUGCGGAGCUUGUGAAUGACUAUGGAAAGGGGUGGAGCCUGAAGUACCGUGCCAUGAGCCAGUACCACAUGUCCGUAGCCUACAGGAAACUGGAUCGACUGCCAGACGCCAUGGAAUGCUGCGAGGAAUCAAUGAAGAUUGCACUCCAGCAUGGAGAUCGUCCUCUGCAGGCCAUGUGUCUUCUGAACUUCGCUGAUAUUCAUCGUUGCCGAAAUGAUGUUGACAAAGCAUUCCCUCGCUAUGAGUCUUCAAUGUGUAUAAUGACAGAGAUUGGCAAUCGCUUAGGACAAGCAUCCAUCUACUUGGGAGUGGGGAAGUGUUGGCUGCUGCAGAAGGAGCAUGACAAGGCACUAGACUCUUUUCAGCGAGCAAAUGAACUUGCAGAGGAAAUAGGAAAUAAGCUGUGUUCCCUAAAGGUGCACUGCCUGACGGAGGCCAUCUACCGCAGCAGGGAGCAGCAGGAAGAGCUGAGGGAGCAGGUGGUGAAGUUCCUGCAGUGUGUAGAGGAGCUGGAGCUCUACUGCGGCAUGUGUGGAGAGUCCAUUGGGGAGAAGAACCAGCAGCUGCAGGCCUUGCCCUGCUCCCACAUUUUCCACCUCAAGUGCCUGCAGACAAACGGGACACAGGGUUGUCCAAAAUGUCGCCGUGCUUCUAUGAAGCCAGGUUUUGUAUGAUGUUCAAUGGUUAUAAAGUCCAGCCUUGGACAAGGUGACCCAUCCCCAAAGUGGCUCCUCUUGAGAUAAACACUGCAGUGUUCUCUACCAGGAGACACACACAGGGAAUGUGUUCAAUUCCACUCUGUUCGUUUCAUGUGGAGUUAAUAUCAAGACCGAACACAUCGUCCCACCAGGAGAAAUAAUCACAAUGGAAGACUUCAGCAGUCUGCACCAAGCGUAAUACUUGGAGCAGAACAAUUUUUAAGAGAACCCACUACCUCUGACUCAAAAACUGUUUUUCUUACUGGCUGAGGCAGUGACUACUGCCUGAAAGACCAUGUGAGAUGAGACACAGAGGUGAUCAUUACACAUACCAUAUAUUGGAUCUUUAAGGCAUGCCAUUUUUUGGCAACUGUAUAUUUAAUAAAAAGAAAUGUUUGCUGUUUGUGAAACUGCAGUGACCUUGCAGGCUUUCAUUUGUCACUAGGCAACUUUAUGCCACAGACUCUUAAAUCCUACCUAUUUAUAUGCUAUCACUAGUGUAUAUAUAUAUAUAUAUAUAUAUAUUGUUAAGAAAAAAAAUGAAAAAAAUCAGUAAACAGGUUUUUUGUUUUGUUAUAAGGAUGGUAAACAUAGUAAUGUCUAUUUUUCCACCAUCUUUAUUUGUUUACUAUGAAAGUCUGUUCUACCCGAUGAGUUGUCUCCUAAAUAGGCCAAUUAUGUAACUUUUGUCAGAUCCCAAAUUAUCUAAUUUAUCUAAUUUAUUUAAAACAUAAUAAUGCAGUAUUUCUCAUAUUUGUUUUCCAUUAAGUUGACAAGCUAGCACAAUUACUCCCACAAGUCAGUUUUUCCCCAACUAAAAUAAAAUGUGCUGCUGUGUCGUCAAAAAUUCUCAAAUUACUGAUGAAUUUUAGGAACAUGUUGAGAUCAGAACAUUUUUUUUCUUAUUUUUGCCACAAUGUACUUUUGUAACACUGAGUUGGACUAUAGUAUCUGAAGUAUUACGAAUGCUUUGAAAAUGACCCAAAUGUAAUUUUUGUCAUUUCUUUUUUGUGGGUGCUUUUAUUUGAAA